GUCUCAGUUGGCGCGCGUCAUUGCUUAGUGAUUUUCUUUCGUUUUCGUUUCUCGCGGCGUAUCCCCUCUCUACCUCGUUUUAUCUGCUCUGCUCGUAGCUCGCAGUAGCUAACCAAGGUGCCGUCGCGAAGAGUCCGUUGACGAACGACACGCCAGGCUGGCAUUGUGCCCUCUCUCGUGUGACACGCGCGUGAUGCGUAUGUACGUGCGUUGACGUGACGCACACGAGGAGAGAGCCACCGAACGAAGGGCAGUCACCCCGUUAACGACAUCUCCGUCAUCGUCUACCUCUGCCACGAGAACGUAGCGCGGAAAUGUGCGAGAUGAAGCGCACCACGUUCACUGCCGUAAUGUUACUUCUCGGUCUUCUCGGGCACACGCAUUCGCAGGAGAAUGUGCCUUCCGCCGAUGAGAUACUCCGUCAGGUCAACGAAGCGGUACCCUUGCCGGGCCUGGACACAUCAGCACUGCCUAACGUGGAGGAGGCGAAAAAUCUCUUCAGGGAGAAGUGUACAAAAAAUGGCGGGCCAGAGGCAUUCGAGAAAGCGCAGCAAGCCCAGGUGGAGAUGGAACAGUGCCUUAAGUCGCUCAUCAACGUUACGGAGCUUCAGGCGGAGAUGGAAAUGCACAAGCCGAACGGCGACCUGGACGUCGUGUUCAAGAAGUACUGCAACAAGCGCUCGAUUCUCCGUGCCUGCGUGAGCAACUUCACCAAUGAAGUGGAGCAAUGUCUAGACGUGAAGGAAAAGGAGAACAAAAAGAUCGUCAUGAACAUUACCGAUUCGAUGCUGGAAUUCAUUUGCUACAAGGAGGGAGAUCGCAUCGCUCUCUUCAUAGCGGCUGGAGGACCGGAGUGUUUCCAAAGCAAACAGGACGCGGUUCAAGACUGCGCCAAUAAAACGCUAAGUGGCUAUAUACCAAAAAAUGAUCUCUCCGGCAGCGGACUGAUAGGACUCGAGAAUCUGCCGAAUUUGAACUUUGGAAACAAAGAAUGCACGGACAUGAGCAAUCUUCAGGCUUGCAUGGUGAAGGAACUGGAGACGUGCACGGACCCGACGCCUGCGAACAUCGUGGACUCGAUAUUCAAUUUUAUCAAGAGGGUAACGCCGUGCGAGAAUUUGCUGAACGCACAGAGCGCCGCUGCCACCGGUAAAGGAGCAUCCGGUAACGGAGCUCCGCGUGUAUCAGGCGCUUUCACCGCCGUACUAGUAAUCUUGUCCGUUGUAGCGAGCUGUAGGCAAAAUUACUUGUUCGGUGCGAUAGCGUAAAAUAUUAAAUGCACAUUGGAAUAGCCUUAAAUCAUAUUCAGGACAUGCGGUAGACGUCAGGAUAUAUCAGGAUAUAUUAACCCUUUCACUGCUUGAAUUAACUUCUCUUGAGAAAAUUAUUUAAAUAUUUGGUAGUCCUACGUUUUUCGGAUCGCUAAUUACGAAUCUAAAGUCAAAUUUGCAAAAUUCAAAAUGGUGGACUCAAUAUGGCGAUCAUGAUGUACAAAAUUAAUGAAAAUUCCAAUUAUUAUUAAAUAAUGACCAAGUCGUAAUAAGAACAUAUGAUUCUAGACUAGAGCUGGAGACGAUCUGCACAUUUCGGGCGAAAUUCAAGAGGUGACACCCACCGUCCCCCUGCUACCGCUCAGCGGCCGAAGCGACGAUCACGAUGCCAUUCAGGUCCGUCGCUGUAUAAGAAAUCAACUGGAGCGCACCCUCGCGUCAUAUUAUCAUU